AUGGGAAGUUCAGGCUCAUUGUCCGAGUUAAAGCAGAUCGCGGUGGCAGCAUCCCGGGAAGGGAAGCUUGUGAUCGCGGAUGAAAUAGAUUGCGACAGAAAACGGCAUGAAGAAGACCUGUUUACGUCUGCCUUCACUACGCCACACCCCCAUGUUGGCACAGAUUGGCGUGAGGCGGAUCGUGUGUCCCCGUACCCUGUCUUAGUUCCAGAAUAUUUCAUCGAGAACGCGAAGCAGCUGCAAGAGGCACUCGCAAUCGCGGUGGCCAACAUCGUGGAACGGUGGGCUGAGCCUGGUGGAGGGAAUGAUUCGCUUUCACAACGUAUGCCACUGCAGCUUCACGAGGAGGCUCUUCUUCGUUGGAUACACCAGAAGACAAAAGAAGGCAUUAUCCCACCUUAUAAAGAGCGGAUGGGGCACUGGCGGCCGGAUAUCCUGCUCUCAAAUACAGAGCAUGGAGAUUUAUCAUUCCGCAUCUGUGAAAUCAACGCGCGAUUUUUCCAAAACUCCCUUAUGUAUUCAGUGCAAGCUCUUACAGCUUGUUCCCGAAUGCUUUCAGGCCACCCUGUGUUGCAGCCUACAGCUGACCCAGAAGAUUUGCUUGAUUGUCUUUGCGGUCUAUUUGAUCCGAGUUUGCCUCUCCACCUGUUGGUGGGUUGGGGUAAGCCGAAAGUGGCAGUGGCAGUCAGCAAACUCUUAACGGAGCGAGCGGGAGUCUCAGCAAGGGUCAUCAGCCCCUCUGAUCUCCGUCUUGUCCCAGAUGAUACGUCCCCUACUGGGUACAACCUGUACGCAGUCUGCGCAAAGUCCGAUCUUGAAACAAUUCCUAGUCAGGAUUCCACGCGUGACGGCCUUGAGCCAGUUCGUCAGGUGGGACUGUACUUUUUCCAGGACGAAUUCCGUCAUCUAAGCGUGGAGAUACUCCAGCACAUAGCACUCCGCUCUGUAAAUGAUAUUCGAACUAUUCUCCUAGUAGCUGACAAGCGGAUCCUAGGGAUAGUGCUACAGGAGCUUGACGCCCUGGUCAAUGACUAUAAGGUACUCACCCCUGAACAAGCAUGCAUCUUGCGAGAUGGAAUUGUUCCCACUGUUCUUCCUGGUUCUCCUGAACUAAAUGAAUUGAUCUCAAAUGGUCACUCCAACCCAGACCUAAAGAACGAUUACAUUAUCAAGCCAUCUCGUGAUGCGGAAAGUACUGGGAUUCUGUUCGGAGACGAGCUUUUGGGCGUUGAAUGGGACCGCCUACUCGCUGAUAUGCAGGAUCCGCGACUUUAUCCUCACCAAUUUCAGUAUAUCAUACAGCCUAUUGUCCGUCAACCUGCGAUCAAUAUUUCACACGAAGUCGACUUGACACACGGCGAUAUGAACAUUGUCGGCCUCUAUUAUGCAUUCAACGGCCGUUACAAGGCUCUCGGCGCGUGGAGGGCGACACAUGGGCGACUCUCUUGUUACUCGAAGGGGGGAUUCAGAAUCCCCUCAAUCAGCAAACAAUACUUGCUCGAUUUGGAGGAAUGGCUACGGAAUUACUCGCGGAGCGCAGGAAAAGAUCUUCGGUCCACAUCUGAUACACUAGCGUGUCUUAGGGUUAUUUUUCAGCUGUCCACAUUCCACAUUCCGGGAGCUCGAAAUGAUUUGAUCCCACAUGGGUUUCAGAAAUCCUUACCAGACCAACAAGAUCAUAGCACUGUGCUGUAUCCGACCCUAAAUCUGUCUAACGCGUGGAUUAGUGUAGCGGGACUCCUUCCCAUCACCUUACUAGGAGCAUAUGCAUACAAAAAUCUCGUCUUGGUAACAUGGAGAAGCAAGCGUAAGCAGUUGAGUCUACUGUCCGAGUUCUACGCGGACCAAGAUGGAGAGGCGACGGCCGAGUCCAUCAAAAGGGUCUCAGCACGGAAUAUCCACCGACAGACGGGAGCAUAUAUUGGACUCGCCGGUGCGGUUUCCAUUGCGAAGAUUGUACAGUCUCUGGUACUUCAACGACAUGGUUUGCCCGUGGUAGACUUGUUGCAAGCUGUUAUCUGGGCAUUUCUCGCUCUUCAGUGUAGCGCUUUGUUUCUCCGGCUCCCAACUCCAGUGCAUUAUACAAUUGCAUUGCGAGCCGCGCUUAGUUUAGCAGUGACAGUCAUCGUCCUCCUUACGCAGCUGUUUCAUUUUUAUAAUCCAGAUGAACCUGUGACACCGGAAAGUCUACUACUAAUCGUGCUCCAAAUUGCGCUGAGUCUCUGCGCUAUUGUCUCGAAUCUUCUAGUCCAGAGACGGCCAGAUGUAUUUCACAAUGGGAUGCCUGUGGAUCGAGAAUACUCGACAUCCUACUUGGGAUGGCUUAGCUUCAGCUGGAUAGGACCAUUGUUGAGAACGACGCGAACAUGCACAUUGCAGACUGGCGAUUUACCCGAACUUUCCUACGGCUUGCGGGCUGAGAGUGCACUCUACACCUGCUUUCAGACGAUGGGUGGUGGAGCUUCCGGGUAUCUUAGGCUGUGGAUGGAGAUUCUACGGUCCGAGGUUGCUCUCCUGUCCUUGCAAGGAAUCAUUACGCUGAGCUCAUCAAUCCUAGGAUUUGUGCCCCAGUUCGCCGUGAUGAGGAUUCUGGGUACACUGGAGAAGGCGAAAGAAGGCGAAAGAGACGAGGUCCGCUUGUACGCGUUCCUUGCGCUUCUCUGCACCUCGACUAUGACAACGGCCAUCCUGGAUAGCUUGAAGAAUUGGAUCUCGUACGGCAAGCUUUCCAUCCGCGUGCAACAACGGCUGACAGUAGCGGUCUUUGACAAGGCCGUUCGCCGGAAGGCCGGCGUGGCAUGCGCAUCCAAUAUAGACAGGACAAAGGGCGGUGUUGUCGACAGCCCGCUGAAUCCUAUCAACCUGGCCGCAGUCGAUGCCAAGACCGUCGCAGACUUUGUCUGCACGACUUAUCAGCUUUACGAGGCACCAGCAAAGCUGCUGGUGGCAUCAGUCUUCUUGUGGACUCUCUUGGGGUGUGAAGGCCUGCUGGCCUGUGGCGUCGUGCUCAUGCUCACUAGCUGUGGCAAUUCGUACACGAUCAAGAGAUAUACUCGGAGCCAGCGCAAUUUGCACCGGUUCCGCGACCAGAGACUAACUCUCGUCACGGAGGUCGUGCGGGGCAUCCAGCAUGUCAAAUUUGCCGCCGCUGAGGAUCAGUGGGAGGCGAGAGUUGGCCAGCUACGGGGCGAGGAGAUGCGUGCACAAUUGUCCGCGUAUCUGUGGCAGACAUUCAUGUACUCCGUGUACUUUUUGAGUCCGAUUCUGCUCUCGGCAGCGGCUCUAGGGGUGACGGUGUUGCGUCGCCGUAACUUGACUGCGACCACUGCCUUCACGACGAUUGUUGUUCUGAAUUCCAUCGAGAUCUCGCUGAGUGUGCUGCCGGAUAUUUUCUCCACGAGCGCCGGUGCUUUUGUGAGUAUGCAGCGUCUCAAUCUCUUCUUCGCCGAGCCAGAUCAUGCAUCACAAGUGAUGCCAUCCGAGCUGAUCGAAUUUCGGGACGCGACAUUGGCAUGGCCUUCGUCCACGCCGUUCCUCAGCGGCGUAAAUCUCAAAUUCCCCGGAGGUGCGUUGAGCGUCAUCACCGGCGCCACAGGAGCCGGCAAGAGUCUCCUCCUGACUGCCAUCCUUGGAGAAGCUGAUCUACUCGCGGGCACAAUCAGCGCGCCAACUCCGUCCCUUUCAUGCUCCGCUGGAGGUGGGAUAGCAUACCUUCCACAAAUCCCGUGGAUUAAGCGAGGAACAAUCAAAGAUAACAUUCUGUUUGGAACUCCCUUCAAAUCGGACCGGUACGCGGAGGUUCUAUUUGCCUGUGCCCUGGACAAGGAUCUGGAGCGGUUACCAGCCGGAGAUCUGGAAGGUAUUGGGACUGACGGUGUGAAUUUGAGCGGUGGUCAGAAAUGGAGGGUGUGUCUUGCCCGGGCACUGUACAGCCCCGCGCGUACCUUAGUUCUGGACGAUUUCUUCAGCGCCGUGGAUGUGCAUACCAGGACCCAUCUGUAUCGCCAUGCCUUGAUGGGAGAGCUAGCCCGAGGGAGGACCAGGAUCCUGGUUACGCAUCACGUCGACCUCUGCCUGUCCUCAGCGCAAUAUUUGGUGUCCGUAGGCAAUGGCACUGCGGUUGCGACGUCGGUGGAGGAUGCUCGACAGGAGCAAGUAGGCAGGGUACACUCUGUGGCAACCGUUGAUGACAACGGGAUAGAGGAUAGUGAGCAUGUGAUAGAACAUAUUCAAACUCCUCGUAGGGAUGACGAGGAAGAUCCAGGCUCGAGCAGGGAGGCAAUUCGGGCAUACUUGACCCAAGGGGGUUCAGCAUUUCUCUGGGCUCUAGUAAUUGUGUCAUUUAUCGGAUAUAGCGGGCUCAUGCUGGGUCGGGGAUGGUGCAUCAAGCUCUGGACCAGUCAAGCAACGCCCUCGCAUUCUUCUGAUCAUCUCCGGUAUUACUUCGCCAUCUACCUGGGACUAUCCCUCAUUACUGCCAUGGUUGGGAUAACACGCUGCUAUCUCAUCAUCAAUGUUGCCUUUCGGGCCGCUCAGCGCCUGUUCAAUCAGAUGCUCCAUACAAUCCUCCGCGCUCCGCUGCAAUGGCACGCUGCCAUCCCCUCCGGCCGCAUUUUGGCUCGGUUCUCAUCCGACAUGACCGUCGUCGAUUCACGACUAGCAAGAGACCUGCGCAACACUCUCGAUCGUGUUGCGGACGUCGGCAUGGCCCUUGCGGCAGGGUCUCUCGUGAACCCCCUAGUCCUGCUUGUCGCAGCUGCCCUCAUUAUCCUGUAUCUCCGCUUCGCACGCACCUACCUGCGUGCAGCCCGCAUGCUAAAUCAUCUAACGAGCGCCGCAAAGGGUCCCAUCUACGGCCACUUGGAUGCGUGUCUGGCCGGACUUCCUAUCAUCCGUGCCUGGGGUCAGGUUGAUGCAUACCGCCAGUCAUUCCUGGAAAAGGUCGACAACCACAGCCGGGCGUACUGGUCUCAACGCCUCCUCAACCGCUGGCUCGGCUUCCGCAUUAACAUGAUCGGGGCUGCAUUCUCCGCCGCCUCCGCCGCGCUGAUCAUAUCGCUGCGCCAUGUCAAUGCUGGGACCGCCGGGUUCGCGCUUAGUUUCACUAUGCAGAUAUCCACGGCCAUCGGGAUGGUGGUCCGCUAUUAUGCCUUCCUCGAGCAGGAUGUGAAUAGCCUUGCGCGGGUACAGGAGUACGCACACCUCGAGAAGGAGCGGUACGAGGGCCACGAUGCGCCUGCAGCCUGGCCCACUAGUGGUCGCAUAGAAGUAUCCGAUCUUGUCGUGCGACAUGGGCCGCAUCUACCCCCUGUACUGCAGGGCAUCAAUUUCCGGGUGGAAGAAGGCCAGCGCGUGGCCGUGGUCGGGCGCACGGGUGCCGGCAAGUCCUCCCUUGUGCUGGCACUAUUUCGGAUCCUUGAAGCUGAGCAAGGCCAAAUCUUUGUGGAUGGCCUCGAUAUCUCACAGUUGAAGCUGCAGAUGCUCCGCGGCCGGAUUGCAGUUAUCCCGCAGGACCCGGCCAUCUUCCGUGGUACGAUCCGGUCGAACCUGGACCCGUUCGAUGAGCAUGAGGAUGACGUGCUCCUUCACGCGCUUGAGAGCGUUCGGUGGCCCCUUGACUCUUCAACCGGAUUCGCCAUCUGCUCGCCUCUAGAUCGCGCGGUGGACGCCGGGGGUAGCAACAUGUCGCAAGGCCAGCGCCAGCUGCUCUGUAUCGCGCGGGAGAUCAUCCGGCGGCCCAAGAUCUUGGUGCUGGACGAGGCGACAUCGGCGGUGGACAAGCAGAGUGACCGACUGAUCCAGCAGUGCGUCCGAACGGUUUUUGGAGGUGGCUCUACCACGUUGCUAGUCGUUGCGCAUCGGCUGGGCACGGUGGCUGAUUUUGAUCAGGUCCUGGUGCUGGCUGCUGGGAGAGCAGUUGAGUUUGGGAGUCCGAUGGAGUUAAUGCAAAGGGAGAAUGGUAUCUUUCGAGAGAUGGUGGAGCAUGACCAAGAGAGAGUGUUAAACCCAACUGGGGCCAUUUCUGGCACUUUCCAUACUCUGUCGAUCCAAGGCCCUGGAAUUCUUCUUGGAGUGUUAUUUUUCUAUCUUUUUUACAAGUACACAAGACGGAUCUACUUCCACCAGUUGAGCGCCAUUCCCGGCCCCCGUCUGGCGGCCGCCACUCAUCUCUACGAAGCUUACUAUAACAUUCUGGGACAAGGAUUGUCCAAGCGUGCCAUUCAAUUGCACAGAAGAUACAACUCCCCCGUCAUCCGUCUUGGAACCAAUCGCGUCCAUGUGGGUGAUCCCAGUUACUACCAUACCAUUUACAACUCAGGCACAAGCUAUCACAAAGAUCCGGGAGUCUACAAGUUACUCGGCAUCGAUGGAUCGAUCCUUACCAUCACCGAUCCGGAGGAGCACAAACAGUACCGCAGCAUCGUCGGCUCUCUGUUCUCCAAGAAACCGGCCGAUGACCUUGCCCCGAUGAUGGCGGGGUUGCUGAACAGAUCGGCCAAAUCAAUGGCACGCCAGGGGAGAGAAGGCAAACACUCCGUCAUCCAACGUGUCUAUCGGUCAAUCUCGGCAGAUAUGGUGUCAUAUUUGCUGUUUAAUCGACCGCUGGGUUUGAUCGACUCACCACACGAUGCGGAUCAUUACCAUUCGUUCAUGCUGAGUAUUGACAGAUUUACUGCGAUUACCUGGCCUAGAUUCUACUACCCGAUUUUGAACUGGGUUAUCGAUUCCUUUCCUACCUUUGUGGUGGAGAGGCUCCAACCAGGCCUGAGAAACUUGCAGGAGCUAUUCAAAGGAUGGCUAGACGAGAGCAUCGCCGCCCAUGAUGCGGGAAAGCCCGUCGAAGGUCGCAGAACCUACUUGGACCUGAUGACUGAAGCGAAACGCAAGACCGGCGAACCUCUCCGCCCGGACCAACUCUUCGAUGAUAUCUUGAAUUAUCUCGUGGCCGGCAUGGAGGCGACUAGCUACGUGCUCUCCUUCGGAACAUAUUUCCUGCUGAACAAGCCGCAGGCGAGAGCGAAGCUGGAGGCGGAGCUGCUGGAGGCCCGUCCCUUCAUUCGAGAUGAAUUUGACCACCGCAAAAUCAUGGCGCUACCUUAUUUGACAGCAGUGGUAAAGGAGUGUCUGCGGUUGAGUAAUACCGUGCCGGGGUUCCUACCCAGGGUCGUUCCAGAGGGUGGAGUGAACAUUGGUGGUUACGACAUUCCGGGUGGUACUCAAAUAUCAAUGAUCCAUCCCGUCGUCGAACUGAACGAGGAGAUUUUCCCGAAUCCGCACGAAUUCAUACCCGAGCGCUGGCUAGGCGACAACAGCCAAGAUCUAGAAAAGUGGGCUAUUUCAUUCAGCAAGGGGCGAAGGCAAUGCAUCGGCACCAAUUUGGCGUAUAUGAUGUUGUAUGCGUCUAUCGCCGUGUUUUUUUCGCGCCUUGAGAUGGAGCUGUACGACACGACAGCAGCGGAUAUGGAGAUUAUUGACCAAUUUGCACCAAUCAUCCAAGGCACAGUCAAGGUGAAAAUCACCACGGAUCGGUGGAGGGAAUGA